CUCUGACUUGUAUCACGUGGCUAUUUAAAUGCCAACAGUCUUACUGUCAAAACACAGCAACAUGAUGGACCUGUUCGAGACCAACACUUAUUUUUUCAACGAUUUACGUUAUCUUGAGGGGGACCAUGGGACCCUGGAUAUGCCUGGCGUGUCGCCGCUCUACGAAGAGAACGACAGCCCUCUCUCGCCGGGACCGGAUCCUGUCCCUUCCGAAACUGGAUGCGAGAGUAGCGGAGAAGAGCACGUCCUUGCGCCGCCAGGGCUUCAGGCGCACUGCGAGGGUCGGUGCCUUAUGUGGGCUUGCAAGAUCUGCAAAAGGAAGUCGGCACCGACAGACAGGAGAAAAGCCGCAACUCUGAGAGAAAGAAGGCGGCUCAAAAAGAUCAACGAAGCGUUUGACGCGUUAAAGAAAAAGACGGUACCCAAUCCGAACCAGAGGCUACCCAAAGUUGAGAUUUUACGCAGCGCUAUAAACUACAUUGAGAAGCUGCAAGACCUGUUGCACACGCUGGACGAACAAGAUCAAAACUCUGUCAGUGACCCUUAUACAUACACCGUCAAAGAAAAUCAUGUGGCUCCUAGUGAGUGUCAUUGGAAAAAGACCUGCCAAAGCUGGCAGGAGAGUCCAGAUCAUUCCAAUUCCCAUACGGCCAGUCACAGAGAAGGAGGCGCAGUGGAGUCUUCGGCAUCCAGCAGCCUUCGUCGACUCUCAUCGAUUGUUGACAGUAUUGACAGUAUUUCCACGGAGGACACGAAAGCUCUACCGACUCAGUAAAGCGAAGCUUAAACACUAUUUCACAUUUCCGACUUUGUAUUUAUUUCCACGCGCUAGUAUUGAAUGUGAUAGAUGACACUUUGCAAUGACUUUCAUCCGUACGCCAAUAACAACAACACUGUUACAGUGUGAACAUUCGUAUUCGGAUUCAAAAUUAUUAUUCAAAAUGAUUAUUGAUGAAAGUUAUUAUGACGUUACAAUGUAUUCUGUCUAUUAUCUUUAAUAUUUCGACCAUCCGUUUGACAAUUCCAGGCUUUUUCCAUGAUCAUCUGAAUUUUUCCAUAAAAAAGGUCAAAUGAACACUCACUGUGUAUAUAUAAUCCACACUCUCAAAGUGUGGAUUAUAUAAACACUGUGAGAGUUAAUUUGACCCUUUUUAACACUGGUGAUUUUGCAGUGUGAGAAUUUAUAUGGUCUUCCUAAACUGCAUAUGUAAAUAUUUUGUAAUAUAUUGCUGUUACUUAAAUUAUUUUAUAAAUUAUAAAGAGGAAAAUACCUUUGAGAGCACUUGACCAUUGCCGGAUAUCUAUCCAACAUUA